GCCUGCACCGGGUCACGUGACAGCGCCGCUGCGCAGCUCGAGCGACUGGAACGGAACCGAAUCACCGGACAAAUCCGCUCCGUUUACCGGCCCAGCGCGACCUCCCGCCUCCCGCGACGCGUUCCAGCAGCGGCAGCAUCAUGUCGGCGGUGCAGCGGAUGAAAGUAGCGAACGAGAAACACAGCAAGACGAUCACACAGAGAGGACACGUGCAGAAAACCACGCGUGUGGUGAAUGAGGAGAAGUCUCCGGUGGGUCCGUGGCUCCUCGCGCUCUUCGUGUUUGUGGUCUGUGGAUCAGCGAUCUUCCAGAUCAUCCAGAGCAUCAGGCAAGGCUUGUGAGCAUCCGUCUGCAGACGUCUGAAGGAUCUUCCAUGCAGUCGUUCACUUCUUCUGUUCAUCUCUCAGUUUACAGCUGAUUUAAUGCAUGUGUGUGUGUGUGUGUGUGUGUGUGUGUGAGGGAGGAUGUUCUGGAAUCUUAUUAUUGUCACUGAUGAGGUUUUGUAUGAACUCCGUGUGAAAAUCAGACAUCAGUAGUCAUACGAUCCUGUACAUCUGUGUCUCUUCCUCGCUCUGGCAGGAGAUUAAUGCUGUGUAAUAAUGAUUUUAUACAAAUAAAAGGUAUUUUCUCUA